AUGCCAAGUAGCCCUUCGCGCAAGACUGUCCGGUUCAGUGAGGACACCACCUCCCGCAACCCACUGUACGAGCAGCAGGCAAUAAAACAGGCCCUAGAGAAGACUGUAGAGCAGGUCGACGAGUGGAAGGCGAAAGCGCUCGAUGUUGAAACUCAACUCGCUGAGAGGCUCAGACAGGCAGAUGCCAAUCUGCAAGCUGUGAAUGGUCGAUGCGAAAGCCUAGAGGAUGAGAGAAAAGAGCUUAAACGCCAGCGGCAACAGCUUCGAGACGCGAACAAACUCUUGAAGGCUAAACUCGAAGCUAAUAGUUCAGGGUCCGGAGCUUUGUCUGGGACCGAGAAAAAUUCAGCAACAUGGACUGCACGUAUCUGUCUCUUGCCCAGCAACGCGCUCCCGUUCCCUCUGGACGAGAGCAAUAUCAACGCCUACAAAGGCUACCUAUCAAGGGGCCUUGACAAGAUGGUUGUCGUUAAUGGUCUGUCGUCUGAAACAUUCACCUCGGCUGUAUCGCAAGCGUUUGAGCCGCUUCUUCAGGACAAGCUAUGGACACCACUUCAGGCAAAGCCGUGCGAUAUCGAGCAUCUCGCAGGCACUCCUCUGUUAAGACCACUGGGCCCAGACCUCGAAGGAUCAAAGUACGACUUCGACUUUCUCCGCUCCCAUUGUGCUGUUCUCGACGAUCAGGGCAAAAUCGACACGCUCUAUAUCGCUAUGCAACACUCUGUCCCGUCAUGGGAUUAUCACAAGACAGACGAUCUUUCGGAUGUUGAGUCUGGCCUCAGUCACAGAUGUGCCGAGUCUGACCUCUGCCACGACAUUAUCGUCCCACGGAUCGCAGCUUAA